CGCUUUUGCAAUCGAGAGAACCGCGCUGUUGUUUAUUUCUGAAUCAAUGCAAGUUUACAACACUUUUAGAGGCUUGGUUGAUCAUUUCCGUUCUAUACUACUUUCUAAAUUUUAUUUUUUCUAUUGUGAUUAAUGUUCAAGUGCCUUUAGAGUAUUAAUGAGCUAAUUAUUUAUUUAUUAUUUUUUUAAAUGCCUUACGCUGUUUUGAAGUUUGAAUUUUCAGCUGAGAUUGAACACUGUUUAAUGCGCAAAAUGCAUUUAUUCAAAUAAAAAUCAAUUCAAAAUUCAUUCGAUUUCAAAAGUGACAGUAAAAGUUGAGUGACGUGAGAAUGAACCAGGAUUUUCCAGAAAGAGGGUCGUGAAAGAGUCGCAAAACCAUGGGAAUCCCAGUAAAACCGCAAAACGAAGAAAUCGACACUUAUUCAGACACUAUUGAGAGGAUAUGCUGCAAUGAUGGAGAAGGUGACGUCUAUGAACAGAAUUUAUCAAACGCGUCCAAUCCUUCGUCUGUUAUCCAAAGAUUUUACGAAGGUGCAAAUGUGUUGGUCACCGGCAGUACCAGUUUUUUGGGAAUGGCUCUCAUUGAGAAACUGCUCAGAUCAUGUCCAGGUAUUAAUAGGGUAUACCUCCUUAUUAGAAAAAUGAAUGGACAACCUGCAGAAAAAAGAGCCACGGUGAUGUUUCAAAACCCGUUAUUUUUGCCCCUCCUAGAAAAUAAUGCGACGAUUCUCGAAAAAGUAUGCGUCUUGGAGGGAGAUCUGGAGGGGCCUAUGCUUGGGAUUGGCUCCGAGGAGUUGGAAAUGAUAAGAAAGAAGGUGAACGUUAUUUUCCACAUUGCGUCCACAAGCAAACCAAACGAGACAUUGCGACGAGCUUAUUUUCUGAAUGUUAAUAGCACGUCGGAAAUUGUGACUUUAGCGGAGUCUAUGCAUAAUUUAAAGGCGUUUGUUUACUCCUCAACAGCCUUCAUUCACUUACACCUGAAGUCGGAGCGCGUUCAAGAAAAGUUCGUUCCAGCUUUGUACAGGCCGUCUCAAAUGAUGGCAGCCCUUAAGACAGUAAACGACGUCGCUGUCGCUGGCCUCACUAAAUUGAUACUGGGCAAAGUACCAAAUACUCAUGUACUGACCAAGAUCAUGGCAGAAGAGGUAAUACGAGAGAAACUUGGCAGACUCCCGAUUGCAAUUUACAGACCAUCUUUGGUGAUGAACUCUUAUAAGGAGCCAGUGUGUGGGUGGAAUCGCAGCUUUCAUGGAGUCGGUGCACUGUUUUUCCGACUUGGUUUAAGUGCACUCCGGAUCCCUAAAAUGUCGUCUCAUCAUCGAAUCAACAUCAUUCCGGUGGAUAAAUGUGCAUGCGCUCUCGUGGCGCUACCAUGGCACACCCACUCAUUGAGGAGAGAAAAAGUUGAUGUGACCCCAAUUUAUAACCACGUCACCGACCGUAACCCCGUGACUUGGACGAGGGCAAGGUCCCUGAUGUUACGAAAUAUCCGCAUCAAAUGGAUGCUGUUUAACUUGAUGCAGAAGAUUAUGCAAAUAAUUAGAAAUAAUCAGAUUCUUCAAAAUUUGAAGUUUCUCCUCGCCAAAAUUGUGUCAUUACUACCGGUCAAGGCUGAUGUUAAACAGCUGAGUCCGCCUUUAAGGUUACGAGAAUUGUACAUGAAAAUUGGAAUGUCCUCUGAGCAACUGACCAGUUUCACUCAAAGGGAUUUGAGAUUUGAAGACGACAACAUGCAGUGUUUAUGGUCUCAUAUGUCAAUGACAGAUCGCAGUAUUUACCCUCUGAAUGUAUUUGAUUUAGAUUGGGACGAAUAUUUCAGAUAUGUAACCACAGGAUUUUCCUGCCAUGUUUUAAAAAAUUUGCAUGAUAUCACAGGUUACGCAAAGGAUUACGAGGAGAAAAUAAUUCUUUGAGAGCUCUUCCGCUUUCCUUCAAUGAAGAUUCCCUCCGCACCCUCCCUCAAGAGAAGCAACAUUUAAUAACCUUUUAAAAUAAAUUAUAUUGAUUGUGAGCUCUACAAUUAUAGUCUAAAUGCG